AUGGUAGACAUUGCGAGGUACUUAUCUCAUAUAGGCCUUUGUAAUAGCAAGAAGAGGGCCCCUAACCUUGCCACACUUGAAGAAUUACAUCGCGCCCAUCCGCAAGCCAUACCAUUCGAGUCGAUUUCGCCUUUUAUCGGCGAAGAUGUUCCGAUUGAUCUCGACUCGAUUCAGGCAAAAAUGCUCGUAAAGGGACGAGGUGGAUACUGCUUCGAGCACAACAAACUAUUCCGGUGCGUUUUGGAGGCCCUUGGAUUUGACGUGAAAACCAUGAUGGCCCGUGUGCUCUGGGCGCAAAACGAGCAUUUUCAUAUUGGGCCCUGUACGCAUAUGUUUCUGCUCGUCACGAUAGAAGGCUCCGAGUAUAUUGCGGAUGUUGGGUUCGGGGGGAUGACACUGUCAGGUCCCAUUUUGUUCCGGCUCUAUGAAGAGCAGCAGCUUCCUCUUGGGCGCUUCCGCCUCAACGAUACCAAGGCAUUCCCAGACUUGCAGAACAUCCCGUACGUGCUAGAAACAAAGUUGGGAGAGACAUGGAAGCCCAUGUAUUGUUUUGACAAGACGGUGUGCUACGACUGCGACUUGGAUGUAUCGAACUAUUACGUGUCAACACACCCUGACUCAAUUUUUCGCAGAAGCUUUAUGGUGGCUCAACAUGGCCCAGAUUACAUGCUAACUAUCGCAAAUUGUCGAUUGAAAGUCUAUCACCAAAAUGGAGAAAUCGAGACAAUUUCACACCACCCAGAGAGCAUUGUUAGCUUCAUUGAAUCACGGCUCAGACUUUCACCCGAUACGAGGAGACGACUGGAACAUUAUGUAAAACAAGCUUUUAAAUAA